AUGUCAAGAUCCAGCUUCAGAAAAAUCAUGCCCCUUCGACAUACACUGGAUCUGAUUUACCGUCGAUCUAAUGUUGAUUCCGAUGCUGACACUGAUGAUGCGGACGGUGAUAAGUUACAGCCAGCAGCGCAGACCGCAUCUUCAGAAACCACAUCGGCAACAACAAUGCCUAACGCAGCGUGGCUAAAGGAACUCCCGACGCUCCGCCUGACACACGAACUUUUUCGCUUGGAUCGGGUAGAUGAAAAUUAA